CUAACAGUAGUCGCUCGAGAGCAGUGGUUCCGUUCAGUUCAUCCAGCCUCAUGUCUGUGCCGCCAUAUCUGCACUUUACCCAAAUCGGGGAUCCAGUGCUCCGUCAAGUGGCGGAGGAGGUGCCUGUCGAACGCAUUGGCACUGUGGAGAUCGAUCAGAUUGUGGAACGCAUGGUAAAAGUGUUGCGUCACUAUGAUUGCGUGGGCGUGGCAGCGCCCCAGGUGGGCAUACCGCUGCGCAUCAUCGUCAUGGAGUUCCGCGAGGGCAAGCAGGAGCAAUUCAAGCCGGAGAUCUAUGCAGCACGCAAAAUGUCAACUCUUCCCCUGACGGUGUUUAUAAAUCCAGAGCUGGAGAUAAGCAGUAGCGCACUGAACAAACAUCCCGAAGGCUGUAUGAGUGUCCGUGGCUACUCCGCCGAAGUGGAACGCUACGACAAGGUGCGCAUUAGGGGAAUCGGAAAGCUGGGAACGCCAGCCGAGUUGGAGCUGGAGGGCUGGAACGCACGCAUUGCACAGCACGAGAUGGAUCACUUGAAUGGCAUGAUCUAUGUGGAUCGCAUGGAUGUUUCCACCUUCAAUUGCCUCAGCUGGCAACAGAUUAACGCGGCCGAGGGGCGAUCAGCCAUUUGGUUCCAUAAGUAAACAUAUUUUGCGGCAUUUCUCAAUAAAAUGAACUAGUUCACACGCAGUAUCAAUAUU